AGCCUCCGUCCACACGCGCAGGAGGCGCUAGCCUCACAUAAUCGCACCAGGUGCCUGUUUUUUCAUUGUCUCUCAGAAAAUCCUGAUUACUGAUGGGCGUAUAUGUGUGACUGUUUGUAGGUUAGUGAAAGAUUGCUGUGGCUGUAGAUAAGAGGAUUAGGGGGGAAUUAGUGUCAUUCCUCCAUCGCCGCGAGGAAUAGAUUCAUAUCGAUUUUAAUCAGAGAUAGAAAGAUCCACAAACCUGCUGAUAACGCAGAGCGCGAGGGAGAGGAGGAGCAAGUGGACGAGUGGAGGGAGGGCCGGCGGCACAGGCUCCUGGUGACGGUCAGAGCCGGGAUGCGGGAGCAGAGGGGACAUGUGCUCGUACGACGAGGCGCGUGAGGGAAGCUCUCUGACAUGUUUGGAGCGCUCUGACCGAGGGAUGCUGGAGCUCCGGCGUUAGCCAGCGGGACGGGACGGGACGGGACGGGACGUACGGGCCGCUCUGGACGAGGACGCGGAUGCUGAGCCAUGAAGGUGGACGUGCUGACCUGCUGGGCCCUGGCCGCUGCCAGCCUCGUCGCUAUGGUGACCGGGGGCAGACACUCGGGACGCAGGAAGCACAAGGAGGUCUUCCUCGGGGAGAACGGCGUGUUCAAGUUUGGGAGACGUAUUGACUACAAACUCAAGAGGCAGGACAGCACCAAGACGCUGCUAAUAAAGAGUGAACAGCUGCUGAGAAUCGAGGAGCACGACUUCGCCAUCAGACCGGGCUUCGGAGGUGGAGCGAUCCCCGUGGGCAUCGACGUGCAGGUGGAGAGCAUCGACAGCAUCUCUGAGGUCAACAUGGACUUCACCAUGACUCUGUACCUGCGUCACUACUGGAAAGACGAGCGGCUGUCGUUUCCUUCUCGCACCAACCUCAGCAGGACGUUUGACUCUCGCCUGGUGAAGAAGAUCUGGGUCCCCGACGUCUUCUUCGUCCACUCCAAGCGCUCCUUCAUCCACGACACCACCACAGAGAACAUCAUGCUGCGGGUUUACCCCGACGGGAACAUCCUCUACAGCGUCAGGGUCACCGUCACGGCUCUGUGCUCGAUGGACUUCAGCAGCUUCCCUCUGGACACGCAGAACUGCUCCCUGGAGCUGGAGAGCUACGCCUACAAUGAGAACGACCUGAUGCUUUACUGGAAGAAGGGGAACGACUCUCUGAGGAUCGAUGAGAUCGUCUUGUCCCAGUUCUUCAUUGAGAACAUCCACGCCUCCAGUGGCCUGGCGUUCUACAGCAGCACAGGUUGGUACAAUCGUCUCUUCAUCAACUUCAUCCUGCGGAGGCACAUCUUCUUCUUCAUGCUGCAGACCUACUUUCCCACCAUGCUGAUGGUCGUCCUGUCCUGGGUCUCCUUCUGGAUCGACAGGCGGGCCGUUCCCGCCCGGGUCUCUCUGGGUAUGACCACAGUGCUCACCAUGUCCACCAUCAUCACAGGGGUGUCCUCCUCUAUGCCUCAGGUGUCAUAUGUGAAAGCGGUCGACAUCUACCUGUGGACCAGCUUCCUGUUUGUGUUUCUGUCUGUGAUCGAAUACGCGGCGGUGAACUACUGCACCACGCUGGAGGAGAUGAGGAAGAUGAGGGGAGGGAAGAUCCCAUCCACCUUCAACGCCGCCCAGGCCAUGGCCUUCGACGGCUGCUUCCACGAUGAUGAAAUUGAGCUGGCUCCGUUCCCCAAGCUGACACCCACCAUGACCUCCGACCCUCUCACCACCCCCAGCCAAACCCCCGACAUGCGCCCCAUGGAGGGGACUCGCCUUCGGCGGCGCCGGUCUGCGCGAGAGAAUGUGGACUUAAUAGUCAGUAACAGCUACAUGAUCGACUCCUACUCCCGUCUGGCCUUUCCCCUGUCCUACCUGCUCUUUAACACCAUCUACUGGAGCCUGUACUCCUGAUCCAGCUCUAGAACUCUCUGUGAACUCUGGUGUACUUAACCGAGUGUUGAGUCAGAGAGCAGUGGGAGGAUUCCUCCUCUCCACAGAGCUCCAGCGCUUCACUGAAUUACCUCUUGGUCACAGGAGUCUGUGGACACAUUCAGAUCCAGCUUCGUCACUAAUCCUGCUGUUCGCAAGAGAGGCUGAGGUACACGUACGUGUAAAGGUACUUGGGUUCCUGAGCCCGAGUGGGAACAGCUGCAGUUGAAAUCUGGGAGCUGAGUUUGUGGUUUUAAUAAUCUGUCAGUGACUCAUCUUUAUGUUCCUGAUUGUAGUAAUAACUGGCUGUUAGACCAUUGGUACCAGGGAGUGUAAGACUAGAAUAAGAGGAAUAAGAGGUUGAGGGUUUAUUGCUAAUUCCAGUAUAUUUUAGCAAAGAGGCUGAAAAAUCAAAACUUUAAUGUGAAUUUUUUAAUAAUGUUAAACCUAGGAAUAUUUUACUUGAAGACUUAAUGGGUUUAUGUGCUUCGAAUUCCCCUUUUUGAAUUUCUGGAAUGUAAUUUCACACAAUAGGUUUCAAUUAGUUUUUCUGUUAUUUGUUUGUUUUAGAAAUUCAAAUGUGAAUUUCUGAAUUUGUGAACUUGAAUAAAUAAAAAUAAAUGUUGCUUUGUCUUUAUUAA